ACUUCAGGUCUAAAUAAUCUCUUGCUCCCUGCAUAUGGCUGACUUUCAGCAUUCCUCUUCUGGUAAAACUGAUGUACAAUCUCCAGGGGAGGAAACAAGUGAAGAACCAAAGCUUAAAUUCUCUGAAGAUGAGGAAUCACUUAUACUUAGGAUGUAUAACCUGGUUGGACAGAGGUGGGCUUUAAUUGCUGGAAGAAUCCCUGGUAGAACAGCUGAGGAAAUUGAAGAGUACUGGAAUACCAGGUAUUCCACAAGCGAAUGAAGAGGAAAAAGGGUGAAUUAUGCGUUAUUCCAACGAUGAGCGAGUGAACAAGACGGUAAUGGAUUCAACGUGGUUAGGGGAUUGAGAUUUGCAUG